GUAUCAGGAAAGAGGAGUCCUUUUGGAUGCCCAUAUGGUGGACCUGACUACUCCUCUUAUCGCGUUCAUCACGGAGGAAGUCUCGACUGAGAAGGCAUGGCCUGGCAGUUGUCAUCUUAUAUGCUCUACGUUGUAUUUAAUUUUCAAGAUUAGAGGCCUCAAUAGUGCUUCUUCCGGCUGCUUUCCUCACGACAUCGCGCUCAUGGAACCAGUGUUGAAGCAGGCGGAGGAGAUCUUCUCGACGGCUCGUGCUGAGACUGAGGAGGGAUGGGAAUCGAAGUGGGUUUGGGAGAGUUCGGGAAAAUAUGUACAUGGUCAACCACGCAUGGUGGUUCAUAAUGCUGGUAUGGCUAUCUGUGUUAUUGCUCGCACCCUUCCCGUUCUCAUCAUGGCCAACAGCUAG